AUGCUUAAGGUACAUAGGAUAAUACUUUUGGAUGAACAGGAACUUAUUAGAGAAAUUCAGGAUGUGACAAAAGGUCAAGAAGUAUUAAAUUCCGUUUUCAAACAUUUAAACCUUCUCGAAACUGCUUAUUUCGGAUUAAGAUACGUGGAUUCAUCAAAUCAAACCCAUUGGUUGGAUGGGACAAAAGGUGUCGUCAAACAAUUAAAAGGAUCCGAUCCGUUUUCAUUAUAUUUCGGUGUUAAAUUUUAUGCUGCUGAUCCAUGUAAAUUAUUAGAAGAAAUCACGAGGUAUCAGUUUUUUCUUCAGGUAAAACAGGAUAUUUUACAGGGCAGGUUACCGGUAUCAUUUGAAACGGCCGCCGAAUUGGGAGCAUAUGCAGUUCAAUCGGAAAUCGGUGAUUACGAUCCGAAAAGGCAUUCGAAAGGAUACGUGUCAGAAUUUCGAUUUACUUCGAAUCAAACGGCCGAAUUGGAAGCGAGAAUAGAAGAACGACAUAAAGAUUUGGCAGGAUUAAUGCCGGCAGCUGCAGAAUUUAGUUAUUUGGAAAAAGUAAAAUGGUUGGAAAUGUACGGAGUCGAUCUUCAUCCCGUUUUGGGAGAAGAUAACGUGGAAUAUUUUUUAGGAUUAACACCGAGUGGAAUAAUUGUUUUAAGAUAUAAGAAUAAAGUCGGACAUUAUUUUUGGCCAAGAAUUUCAAAAAUAUAUUUUAAAGGAAAAUAUUUUAUGAUUAAAAUAUGCGGUAGAAACAAUGAAGAAAACACUUACGGUUUUGAAACACCGUCAAAAUCCGCGUGUAAACACCUUUGGAAAAGUUGCGUCGAACAUCAUGCUUUUUUUAGACUUUUACAAGUUUCUCCAACUGCGACCGAUAUAUUUUCAUUAGGAUCUAAAUUCAGGUACAGCGGAAGGACGGAAAAGCAAGCUCAAGCUGACGUGCAAAUGCAAUUACGUACUCCACCUCAUUUUUUAAGAACUUCUAGUCGGCGAUACCAGAGGCGACAAUUUGAUAAUUCAGAAGUUCCCACGAUCGUGCAGAGAGAAAAUAAAAAUCAAAAUAAUUUAAAGAAUGUAUCGGUACCCCAACCAAUUAAUUCAGUUUAUCGUUCAAUGACGAAUUUACCCGUUGGAAACUAUGGCAAUGAUCCACCGGAAUCACCUCACAGUACAAGAAGUGCACCAUGGUCAACUUCCGGUCGUAGCAGAGGAUUAUAUAAUGUUAGCCCAAAAUCAAUUAAAAAUCAAAGAAGUUGUAGUUCGAUUCAAAACUUGCAAAAAACUUCGAUUCGAUCUUCGAGCGUCGACAGUCAAAGUUCUAACGAUUCAAGAUGUUGUAAAAGACACAAGAGACACAGAAGUAGAAGAUCUUCUGAUAACGACAGCGAAUUAUCCAAAUGUUCGAGUAGAUCUCACCGUAGGCAUAAAUCUGGAAACGAUUCUGAUGGAGGAAGAAAUCAUAAACAUAAACGUAAAAAUCGGAGUUCGAAUAGAAGUUCCAGAUAUGAUUUGGUUGAUUCGGAACCUCAAUGGCUUGAAGUUCAAAAAAGACAAGCAGAAGGAAACACUGGAGUCCAACAAGCUACUGUAAUUAAUAAUAUAAGUAGAACUUCAGGGUAUUUAAAUAGUGGAAUGGAAACAGAAUCAGAAAAAUCAUACAGAUAUAAAAGAAAACAGCAUAAAAAGCAUAGGUCUAGGUCGAGAUCACCUUCAGAUUUUAUUAAGGGAAGAUUACCGGAUGAAGUUAAAAAACAUUUAGAAUUUAAAUUAAUCGAUACUGAAGGUAUGACUGAAACACAAUUAAGAGACAUACCAUAUAAAGUAGUUGAGACUAAUUCUAAAGGGAAAACUCAUAGAAAACAAUCAUCACCGAGUGGAAAAAGAAAGCAUUACAUAAAAAAUUAUGACAGAGAUUUAAAACCACAAACAUUGACUGAAGAUAAAACAGAAAUCAGUAUUCAACAGAAUUCAAUUUUAGAAAGAAGCUAUCAUAUUUGCUAA